AUGACCAUCGACAUCGCAAACUCCAAUUUAAACCUCAAAUCCCUCACUUUCUGGGGACCCGAACUUCAUUUGGAGAGUUUGAAAAUACUAGGGUCCCGUAUGAAGAAUUUGAGGGUUUUCAAGUUGAAAUGGUUGUUGAUAGCUGACAUUCAGUUGGUUGUUAUUGCCGAUUCGAUGCCCUCUUUGGAGGAUCUUGAUAUCUCCUAUCCGGAUGUCGCGGUGCAGGAUGAUUUGACAGAUAGUGGGAUCGAGGUGUUGUCGUCGAAAUUGAAGGGUUUGAGAAAAAUCAACAUAUCUGGUAACAAUUUCAUCACCGAUAAGUCGCUUGUGACUCUUUCCAUGAAUUGCGUCUACCUAACAGAAAUUAUAGUUCACGACUGUCGGUUCGUUACAUCGUAUGGAAUUGCAUUUGUGAUGCACAAUAGCUCCAAUUUGAGUUCAUUGUUAAUUAAUCGAAUUGAAUUUGGUCUAUUUGAUGAUUCAAGCUGUUGUGCAAGAAAGUUAUCAACUAUUGAUAUCUCUGAUUCGGUCAUUCCCGAUGAAUUUCUCCAUUUGCUUGUUAAAGCUGAUAUUCCUUUAAAGAGGAUCACUGGAACAGAUUUGCUCACUGAUGAGAAAAUUAGUGAUUUAUCUCAAUGUCUCUGUGCUUUAGUCCUGAUAGACCUCGAUCUUUGCUACAAUCUAACCGAGUCAACCCUUUUCACCCUUGCAAAGAACUGUCGUUUACUAGAGGAUAUUAGUAUGGAGGGAACAAAUCUUGGAGGAGGUGAAGGAGAUGGGGUGACCAAUAUUGUGAAAAACCCACGAAUCAAGUCUUUGAACUUCAAAAAUAAUUGGAACCUGAGCGAUGAAUGUCUUGCAAAACUUGCUUCGGUAUGCCCCAGUUUAGAGGUGCUUGAUGUUUCUUCUUGUCAUGGUAUUACAGAGAAUGGUAUUUCUGAUUCCUUGAAGAGUGCCUCCAAGAUUAGGAAGUUGCAGAUCAAUAAAUGUCGGGGGAUUAAGAACAUUGGAAAUGGUUUUGAACUCUCCGAAUUGGUGGUUCUUGGUGCAGCUAGAUCAGGGAUUAAUGGCGAUGGGUUGGUGGUUAUAGGGAAUAGAUGUUGUUGGCUUCUGAAUUUGAACUUGGACGGUUGCUUAGGAGUGACAACAGUUGGGUUGAAAGCAAUAUUAACAAAUUGCAAAAGAUUGAGAGAGUUAAGUUUUACUGGUUGUCCUAAUGUGAGUAUGGAGACGGUAGAUUGGUUAGUUUUUUCAAGGCCGUCACUGAGGAAAAUCAUCCUGCCACAUUCAUCUUUGCCUUCCAAAAACCAGAGUGAGCUUUUCUUGCGCCAUGGUUGUCUUGUUGCUACAAUGUCUGAAGAAGCAGGAGUUGAGCCCGUGGUAAUAGAGAAGAUAACAUGGGUAUGGAUGGAGAGGAUGAUGAUGAAGCAGAAGGGAAUACAUCAGAAAGCAUACAUGCGUGAACCACUUCCAUCGCUUGCAGCACCAGUGUAG